GGUCAGUCGUCCUUUAGCUCUUGGCUGUGCUGCAACACGUCGCGCACCCAGCUCCUUGUCGUUUUUUUGUUUUAGUCACGUCCGUUCGUCAGGUUCUCCCGCCAUUCAAAAAUCGAAAAAAAUAAAAACAAAAACUGUUUCGUGAUUUAUCUUUUUUUUAAAAUUUAAUGUUGUUGUUGUUUUGAAAAUCAAAACAGAGGCAAUUCUACACUUUUUCUUCAGUUGCGGACUUAACAUCUCGUACUGCACGAUUCGCAAGUGUUUUCUGUUAUUUGUUUGAAAAGGAAAAAACCAAACGAAAAAAGGAAAAUCGAAAAAUCCAGUUAAUGGUUACCACUUGGGAUUUUGAAAUACUCUUAGUGAAAACGAUAUCCAUAACUGAAGAGAGAAAGAAAAGAAAAAAAAAAAAAAACAAAACCAAAACAGAUUUUUGAAAAAAACAAGAAAUAGUAUACAUAUCAUGUGCCGGACUCGUUAGGUAACAAAAGGUGCAAUCGAACCGUUCAAACCAGUUUCGACAGUUAACUAACCGUGACGAUCAGAUAUCGACUGAAGGUACGUCGAUUUGUCAUCGGAUUUUUGCGUUUCCUCUUACUUUCACGAUCGUUUUUCCUGUUCUGUUUUGUUUUUUUUUGGUUUGUUUGAUUGUUUGAUCGCAUUAAUUGAAACUGAAACCAACUUGUUUCUAUUUCUUAUUUUCCCACCUUCUCGUGUUCUUUUGAAAAAUCUUCAAAAUCUUUCCGAAAAAAAAAAACGAAGAUGGAAGAAUUCGGGGCGGCUAGCAUUGCCCAUUACAACAACAUCCAACAACAUCAUUCGGCUAGUCUCAAUAACAACAGCAUGCAAACCGGAUUCGAAUUCAAUUCGCCGCCUUUACCACCGUCGCCUUCGUCUUCGGCAGCCAUGUCAGGUGGCAAUUAUCUCGGCCAGUCAAGAUUGGCCGUCUAUUACAACAACCGGCCAGUCAACCAACAACAGCAACAACAAUCGCAUUUCAACGGUUACGCGAUGGGAGGGCGGAAUCACGUCCAACAGCCGCAACAUCAUCCGAACCCUCAACAGCUUCAGCUUCAUCACCACCAGCAAGGGCCGGCCGGUUAUCUUGGCCAGCACCACCAGAUGAUGGGCCAGGAUCAGAUGUGCUGGAAUCAAACAGCCGGACUGAUGAUGCCCAACGUGACGGCCGUCAAAGGUGGCAGUGGCAAUAUCAGCAGCAAACAAGCGGCGGCUAACGAGAAGAAAGCCCGUGAGCAGCGCGUUCGUAGGCCCAUGAACGCCUUCAUGGUCUGGGCGAAAGUCGAACGCAAGCGACUGGCCGACGAGAAUCCCGAUCUGCACAACGCCGACCUCAGCAAAAUGCUUGGUAAAAAGUGGAAGGGUUUGACACCACAGGAUAGACGGCCGUACGUGGAAGAAGCCGAGAGGCUGCGCGUGAUCCACCUGCAGGAGCAUCCAAACUACAAGUACCGACCGAGGAGGCGUAAGCAGGUCAAGCGCGGCGGGACGGCGACGGCCACACCGGCAGUCACGACGGGUGGCAAGAAGAGUGUCGAAGUGGAACUGAAUUCUGUUGUCGACCGACCAUCCAGCACAACGGCAAAGAUGCCCCAUGAUGUCUGUUACGGUCGACAGCCCGUUUCCUCCGGUAGCCACACAUUCCAGCCGCAUCGCGAUCUGUGCAACGGCGGACUCCAGACGCCGGACUCGUCCCCACAGGGCAGCCCUGAACCUUACAUGGUUAUCUCCAAGAUAGAUGCCAAAGGUCAUUCCAAAUCCAACACUAUCCAUCCGUCCAAUUGCCUGGGCUCUCUCCCGACUCCCGAGAUGUCUCCGAUGGAGCAAGAUGAGUUGCAACAUCCUGAGGAGCUUCAGCGACAGCAUCAGCUUCAGCAACAUCAACGCCAGCAACAACAGCAAUCACAACAACAACAGCAAAAUGGGGCAGUGUUCCAGCUGGUUCACAAGUUCUCGUCGGCUUCAGCCUUUCUGCGUAGCGUAUCCCACCCCUACCGCCCGACCGUGAUGGGCGGAGGAGUUCAACCUCAACAACAGCAACCGGAGAACAGCGGCGGAAGCCAUCCGUACGUCGGCCAAUUCUUUAAUUCGAACCAAACAAACCAGUCGGCUGGCGGGUCGUUCUACAACCCUGCACAGUCUUAUAUGACCAACAACGGCUACACCAACGAGGCCUGCUCCGAUUACAAUCGUGACUAUCAUCGCUGUGAAAACGGACCUAAUAAUAACCAAGGGGGAAUGGGCGAACAUUAUCUGCCCUCUGUGAUGCCAGAAGAGUUCAUUGACGGGGAUAUUGAUCGAUCAGAGUUCGACAAAUACCUCAGCGGAUACGGAGCGAAUCACGCGACCAGUGUCAACUGUUCUUUCUACGGUGGUGUCGGCAACGUUGGCAUGGGUCACGUUAGCAAUAGCGUUCAUGACGGCCAAUCGACGUCGGAACAAUUUGACGGUCAGAAGGAGAACGGCACUGGUCUCCACAGUAACGACUACAUUUUAAUGAAAUCGGAGCCCAUCUAUGAAACCAUUCCAGCAGCAGGCUCUAGUCUCAGUUCGGCUUUGGCCGAUGUCCGUUCCCUCUAUUACGAUUGUUGAGUUCCACCGAAAUCUGCCGAUUGCCGAGCAAAAUCCUAUCUUAGUUGUACAGUACGUGCAGCUAGGCACGAAAACAGUUCAAUUUAUACAGUACUUCACAUUUCCUAAACGACGUUUAGAAAGGUUCUUUGACGACGUCGUAGUUGUGCGCUGUCUGCGUCGUAAUCUGUAGUUCGAGAAAAUGUGUCUGUUUAAUGCACUUCUGUAAUUUGACGAGGAUUUGUAGCCCUUAUUCGAAUAUUUUCUAGGAUAUGAGUAUGCAUCAUUUGUAUUUGAUGGCCGACUUUCCUCUUUAUUUUUCACCCAUUCAUUAUGUCUUGUAACGUAAUAAUUGAAAACAAAAAAGAAAAAGAAGAACACAUACUGUUCGACUGUACAUUUACUUCCUGCAUUUUUCACCGUCGGUUUAAAGCUCGCUGUACAAUCGACUCAGUCUAUUUCCUAUUGGAUUUGAUUGAAACUUUUGACUGGGAAAGUUUCGGCGCUGUAUAAGACAAAUGACGCAACAUUAGUAGCAUGACGGACGAACAAAUUUUCCCAAUAAGAUUUGAAGUGCAUGAAAAGGAAAUGAAGAAAGUUGAUCAUCAACGGAUUUCGUUAUCGCCGAUGGCAAGAGAACCCGCUUGUCUCGGGAUAUUUCAUCUACAAAAAAAAUUUAUGCAAGUUCACUUUCAAGAUUUCGAAUGGCAACACUCGAAAAUGAUAAACCUCUCAGCUUUACAAGAAGCAAUACCCAGCUGGUGGCAGAGAACAGAACCCCUCCUCCCUCUCUUUAAAAAAAGGUAUAUGUAUGAGAUACACGAGUCAUAUUAAAAUACCUGCCGUAUGCUACGCAUAAGAGCCUCAAUCGGAAUGCAAUCCAGAAAAUCACGCAGCCGAACCCGCAUCAAGAACGCUCUUCUACUUGCUUAGAUCUACCAAAGUCCAAAUGUACGUAUCCUAUUCAUUGCGUCCGUGUUUUCUUUUCCCACAAUUUGUAGACUUUUCUCCAGAGUUUUUUUUUUUUACGACCCGGCAAUCGCUCCCUUACGAACGAAGAUGUUUUGAUUUACUUGUUGGGCUUGAUGACUAAAUACACAGAUUUAUUUGACUGA